AUGAAUUUAGGCAGCACUGACCCUCACAGCCAACAGCGUCUGCCGCACGGCCGGCUACUUCGACUCUGCUGCGCUUUUAGACCUUGGCCUGCAGCUGGCUCUCGGAGAGGUCACAUCGUCUCUGUCAGACCCGACGUCAGGCCUGCGUUCUCAGGCUUGUUGAGUCUCACUUUUCCGGAUCCUGGAUCUGCUCGUCUGCUUCACUUGCUUUUUUCGUGUGCACCUUUUUGUGCAACCAUUCAUAUGUCUGUCCAAACUGGCCAUUCGAGGCUCUCGGCUUGUACGAAUCUCGGGCUUUUCUAA